AUGGAUAAGCUAGCAGUACCAACAUAAUCAGUUGCAAUUCCAUUUAUCAUGUUUACCAUAGAAAAUGGAUUCAAGAUAAACGAUGAAGCUGUAGAGUUCCUGACUUAGAUUAAAGGGAAGGUUGGAAUCAUAGCCAUCUGUGGUAAAUACAGAACUGGAAAAUCAUACAUUCUCAAUAAACUUUUCAUGGAGUAAUUAGCUGAAGAUAGAGCAAAAAGAGGAUUCUAAGUAGGGCCCACUAUCAAUCCUUGCACUAAGGGUUUGUGGAUUUGGAAAGAGAUAUUCUAUGCUUAAAAUGAUGAAGACAGGGAGACACCUAUAAUCAUUAUAGACACUGAGGGGCUUGGUGCUUUUGAUGAAGAUGACAACCACGAUACUAAGAUCUUCUUGCUAGCACUCUUGCUUUCCUCAUUACUGAUUUACAAUAGCGUUGGUAGUAUUGAUGAGAAUGUGCUUAACAAUCUAUCACUUGUAGUUAAUUUGUCAAAGACUCUCUAAAUAAAGAAUGAUCAGAAGGCUGAGGACCCUGAUGAACUUGCUGAAUAUUUCCCAUCCUUCCUUUGGAUUCUAAGAGAUUUCGCUUUAAGACUUAUUGAUCAAGAUGGCAAUCAGAUAUCAUCGAAGUAGUAUUUAGAAAACUCUCUUAAGGAGCAGAAAGGAGUUUCUGAUGCAAUUGAAAACAAGAAUAGAAUUAGAAGACUUAUUAAACAUUUCUUUAAAGACAGAGAUUGCUAAACUCUUGUUAGACCAAUUGAAGAGGAAUAAAAGCUAUAAACCUUGAAUACCCUUAAAAACAGUGACCUUAGAGCUGAAUUUGUUGAGCAAAUCAACAAUCUCAGGUCUAAGAUAUUUAAAAAGGUCAAACCUAAGCUUCUUAAGAAUUAAAUCAUCAAUGGACCGAUGCUUAUUGAAUUAGCUGAAGCAUAUGUAAAGGCACUUAAUGGAGGAAAAGUUCCAACAAUUGAAAAUGCUUGGAAUUACAUGCAAGCUUCAGAACUUGAUAGAGCUUUCAAGGAAGUGAUAGCAGAAUAUGAUACUAAAAUUAAAACUGCAAUUGAAAAAUCUCUUCCUUUAAAUGAAGACAAAUUAAAAGAUGCUUUGCUGAAAGGGAAGCAGGAAGCAUUAGUCAAUUUUAAGGCAAAAGUUCUUGGUGACAUCAAUAAUUCCAAAGGUCAAGAGUAUCAAAUGAAACUGAAGAAGGAAAUAAAGACGAGAUAAGCACAAAUAGAGAAGAAAAAUACAUAGGUGACAAGGGAUGAGUGCAUCAAAAUUUUAGAGUCAUGUGUGACCUAGAAUAUAAAAGCAAAAGUUAUGUAAAAUCUCUAUAAGAGCUACUCUGACCUUAAAUUUGAUUUUGAACAACUCAGAAAUGAGACUCUAUAGACGAUGUCUUAAGGAUUCGCUAUAAAAGAGCAUGUCUAUGAGUUUUUAUUCAACAAGAGUUUACAGCUAACAGAAGACUUCCUCUCUGAUAGAGAAAAUAAUAGUUGUAAUACUAUAAGAAUACUCUAAGAAAAGCUUAAAACAGCUGAGCACGAAUCCUUAAGAUACAAGCAAGAACUAAAUCAUGAAAAAGAAUAAUGCUUUACACGACUAUAGGAUGGAGAGAGUGAUAGAAUUAAAUAUAAAACUGAAAACGCUAUCUUAACUGAGAGACUUUAAAAUGCUAAAGCUGAGAUUGAUGAACUUCGGAUGAAGCUGAAUUGUGAGUACACAGAGAAGAUGCAGGACUUAGAACUAUAAAAUAAGGUUUAGAAAGAAGAACUAAGAAAGAAAGAUAAUGAGAUAGUGGACUUGACUAAUGAGACUAUCAAGAACUCAAAUGACCAUAAUAAAAGGUUUGCACUGAUUGAGUAGGAGAGAGAGUUUCUGAGAAAUGAUCUGAACAAUCUCAAAGAAUCAAUAUAGAGAAAAGACCUAGACUUAUAGGAUCUUAAUAAGCAGAUAAGAGAUAAAGAAGAGAAGAUCAAGAGCUAUAGGCAGAAAAAGAAGUUGUCUGAGAAGGAGGCAUAAGAUUACAAAUCUUAGAAGGAUAAAUUUGAACAGCAAAUACUGACUAUGCAGCCAAUAAAUAAUAAUGUCUAAAUGGUUGAUUCAUCACAGCUAGAUUUCAUCAAGAAGGAAUUAGAAAAUGUUAAACUAGAGAAAGUAUAUCUUCAAAAUCAAUUACUUACAACUCAGAGUCAGAAAGAUGAGAAUAAGAGACUCUAUGAGGCACUUCUAAAUGUUAUAAAUAAUAAUCAAUUGAACGGAGGAAAUCAAAAUAAAGAAAAUUAAGCUAAGAACAAUAAGACAGUUGCUUCAUCUUAGGAAAUGAUAGAAAGAUUAUGCUAAAUGCAGUCAAAAAUGUUAGAUCUUGAGCAAAGCAAUCAAGUCUUAAGGAAUUUUAAAAACCUUUAUAAAUCGGCAUCUGAGGUAAAAUGCGGUGGUUGCUCGAGAUCAUUCAAGCCUGUUCUCUUUAAGGCUCAUUACUUAAAAUGCACUAAACUUAUUGAGGAUUAGCUGACUUCGGGGGAGUCUACAGGUCAAGAUAGACUUUUUAUUAAGUUUAUUGAUUCGGAAAGUGGAGGUUAGUAACUAAGAUUCUUCGUAAGUUAAUGCGGUUUACAAUGGUAUGUUAAGUUUGAAACAGAUAAGCUUUAGGAAACUGUCAGACAUCUUUAGAGAAAUUAUCACAGCGCGGAUUUCUUUAAAAGUAAUUUGUUUAAGAAAUUCCUAAAUGUUUGUGAUUCAGAAAAUAGCAGUCAAAGUCCUUCUAAUAAACUAGCCUUUAAUGACGUUAUAAACUAAGUCAUUUAGGAAUUGAGUUCUCUCUAUGUCAUUAAGAAGGAUUAAGAGUUCAGAUCUUUAUUCUAAAUUGAUGACCAUAUAUCUGGAGACAAUACCUAGAAUUCCACAAAAAGUAAUAGAGAGGGUACUGUAUAUGUAUCUUUUAUGAGCUAAGCCAAUAAUAUAGAAGUCAAAUGA